AGAAAUCCUGAGGCCCAUCAGCAGUUGCGCCGAGUGGAGCGAUGCGCGUUUACUGAGCCGGAGAAGAGGAGAGGAGGACCGCUUCCUUUUCACCGCACUCUACUAUUACAAUCACUGCCUAACAGCGAGCAUCAACACCUCUUCUUUAAAUGAUACGAAUGGAAUUCUGCUUUGGAAUUUUCUCUUAAUUUUUAUAUAUGUAUUUUUUUCUUUCAUUUUUUUUAACACUCGGACUUCAUUAAUCCGGAGUCAAAAGCGGUCUGUCCAAGGUGUUUUUUUCUAAGCUGAAGACCGAAUCAUGGGGCAUGAAACUUGGUCAGCACUGAUUGCUACAUGCUUCAAUCCAGGAAGCCGUCUCAAAGACCUAAACUUAAAUCACCAGAUGCGGUUCUGAAUCAUUGACAGAGCACUGAAAGGAUCGCCUACAUUGUUACUCUUUCACCUUUUUGCUCUGUUUAGAAAGAGGGUAUUUUUUUAACAUAUCAUAGACUUGGAAGACGAUAAUAGAAUCCAUCUAUUGUCAUAUCUGUUCAACAAAGUAAAAACAUAUAUUUUGCUGUCUUCAUAGACAAUCUAUAUGGGAUAUAACAUUCAGUGGGUAAACACUGGAGCUGAAUUGUGAACAGAUGGUUUUACAACCUUGAGGAUAUAUCCUACAUUCCAGCCUUCUUGUGUACACCCUGUCAUUUACAAUGAUGAAUCCUAACGGCCUACUUGGACGUUUUCUUAUGCUGCUAAGUUCCUUUUUGAGCCUAAGUUUAGGCUUAGAGUUUACUGGUUCUGAAGACCAGUGGGCUCGUUACGUCCGCUGGGACGCAAGCUCUAGAAGUGACCUGACAUUUCAGUUCAAGACGUCGCAAUCUGAAGGCCUGCUGCUCUACUUCGAUGAUGGUGGAUACUGCGACUUCCUGCUGCUUGCCUUGUCUGAGGGAAAGCUACAGCUCCAUGUCAGCAUUGACUGCGCUGAGACCACCAUCACCUCUGACAAGCUGGUCAAUGACAGCCGCUGGCACUUUGCUGCCAUCAACAGGGAGAACUUGUGGACCAGCUUAGCUGUGGACGGUCACACUAAGGCCGGAGAGGUGCGGCCCCAGCGGCAGUUCAUGAAGAUUAUCAGUGACCUCUUUUUGGGCGGGCUUCCAAAGGAUAUCCGGACUUCUGCCAUCACCUUGCCCUCUGUCCGUGACCUUCCACCGUUCCAAGGAAUUAUCACCAACCUCAGUUAUGGGAGUAAGAUGCCCACUUUGGUCAACAGCCAGAAAGUCCGGCUGGAGAUGAUGGGCCUUUGCACAGAAAACCCUUGUGAGAAUGGUGGGAUCUGCUCACUGGCAGAUGGAGAAGUCUACUGUGACUGCUCCAAAACUGGAUAUGUGGGUCAAUACUGCACAGAAGCAGUCCUGAGAAAACCAGAACUCGCACACCUGAAGGCAGACCAAGGUAGAAACAAAGCACGAGAGGAGAACGUGGCUACCUUCCGUGGCUCCGAGUACUUCUGCUACGACCUGUCACAGAACCCCAUCCAGAGCAGCAGCGAUGAGAUCACGCUGUCUUUCAAGACAUGGCAGCGAAAUGGCCUCCUCCUCCACACGGGGAAAUCCGCUGACUACGUCAAUCUGGCCCUGAAAGAUGGGGCGGUUUCGCUUGUCAUCAACCUCGGUUCUGGGGCCUUCGAGGCCAUCGUAGAGCCAGUCAAUGGAAAAUUCAAUGACAACUCCUGGCACGACAUCAAAGUGACACGCAACCUGAGACAGCAAUCAGGCAUUGGACACGCUAUGGUAAACAAACUACAUUGUCUGGUGACAAUUUCGGUGGACGGCAUCCUCACUACCACAGGCUACACUCAGGAGGACUACACCAUGCUGGGCUCCGACGACUUCUUCUAUGUGGGUGGGAGCCCCAGCACAGCCGACCUGCCAGGAUCGCCAGUCAGCAACAAUUUCAUGGGCUGCCUUAAAGAAGUAGUGUACAAGAACAACGAUAUCCGUCUGGAGCUCUCCCGCCUGGCCCGCAUUGUUGACCCUAAGAUGAAACUCCAGGGCGAUGUGGUUUUCAAGUGUGAAAAUGUUCCCACACUAGACCCCAUCAAUUUCGAGACCCCUGACUCCUUUCUCGCCCUGCCGAAGUGGAACACCAAACGCGUCGGCUCCAUCUCCUUUGACUUCCGCACUUCAGAGCCCAAUGGAUUAAUACUCUUCACCCAUGGCAAACCUCAGAACCGACGUGAUGUGAAGGGGCAGAAGAACAACAAGGUGGACUUCUUUGCGGUGGAGCUGCUGGAUGGAGGGCUGUACCUGCUUCUGGACAUGGGCUCUGGAACAAUCAAAGUUAAGGCCACCCAGGCUAAAGUCAAUGAUGGGGUGUGGCACCACGUAGACAUCCAAAGGGAUGGUCGCUCUGGCAUCAUCUCUGUAAACAGCCGCAGGACUCCUUUCACAGCCAGUGGUGAAAACGAGAUCCUGGACUUGGAAGGGGAUCUUUAUUUGGGAGGUCUGCCCGACAGCCGGGUGGGUUUGGUGCUUCCAACAGAGCUCUGGACCGCUAUGCUGGACUAUGGUUAUGUAGGCUGCAUCCGGGACCUGUUCAUUGAUGGACGGAGCAAGGACAUCCGGCAGAUAGCUCAGUCACAGAACGCAACGGGCAUCAAGUCAUCGUGCAGCAAGAUGACAGGGAAGCAGUGCGACAGCAGCCCCUGCAAGAACAGUGGGGUGUGUAAGGAGGGAUGGAACCGGUUCAUCUGUGACUGCACUGGAACAGGCUUCUGGGACAGUACCUGUGAGAGAGAGGCUUCUAUUUUAUCAUAUGAUGGCAGCAUGUAUAUGAAGGUGGUGAUCCCUAACAUCAUGCACACUGAGGCAGAGGAUCUCUCCCUCCGUUUUAUGUCUCAGCGGGCCUUCGGCCUGCUCAUGGCCGCCACGUCUCGUGAGUCAGCAGACACUCUGCGGCUCGAGCUGGACAGCGGAAGGGUCAAACUGACGGUCAAUCUAGACUGUGUCAGGAUAAACUGUAACACCAGCAAGGGACCUGAGGUUCUUUAUGCCGGACAAAAGCUCAACGACAAUGAGUGGCACUCAGUGCGAGUGAUCCGCCGCGGUAAAAACUUCAAACUCAUCGUGGACGAUGAUAUGGCUGAAGGUCAGAUGGUAGGUGACCACACCCGCCUGGAGUUCAGCAACGUGGAAACAGGCAUCUUGACAGAGAAACGCUUUGUUUCUUCAGCACCCUCCCCUUUUAUCGGCCACCUACAGAGCCUCAAGUUUAACGGAAUGCAGUACAUUGACAUGUGCAAAAAUGGUGACAUAGAUUUCUGUGAGCUCAACGCACGCUUUGGCAUGCGCUUCAUCGUCGCUGACCCCGUCACCUUUAAGACCAAAGGGAGCUACCUGGGCCUGGCCACCCUGCAGGCUUACACCACCAUGCACCUGUUCUUCCAGUUCAAAACCACCUCACCUGAUGGCUUCAUUCUCUUUAACAGCGGAGACGGGAAUGACUUCAUAGCUGUGGAACUGGUCAAAGGGUUUAUUCACUACGUCUUCGACCUGGGCAACGGGCCCAGCCUGUUGAAGGGAAACAGUGACAACCCGCUGAAUGACAACCAGUGGCACAAUGUGGUCAUCACGCGAGACGCUUCCAACACACACACUCUUAAAGUCGACUCCAAGUCGGUCACCCAAAAUGUCAACGGGGCCAAAAACCUCGACCUUAAAGGUGACCUGUUUGUUGGAGGUUUGGGACCCAACAUGUACCAGAAUCUCCCUAAACUUGUGGUAUCCCGGGAGGGCUUCCAGGGCUGCUUGGCAUCAGUAGAUCUCAACGGGCGCCUGCCAGACAUCAUCAAUGAUGCGCUUUUCCGCAGUGGACACAUAGAGCGUGGCUGUGAAGUUGGUUUCACCAAAGCCGACCUGCAAGGCCCAAGCACCACCUGCCAGGAUGACUCGUGUGCUAACAUGGGAGUUUGCAUACAGCAGUGGGAGAAUUUCACCUGCGAUUGCUCCAUGACAUCAUACACAGGCACCCACUGCAACGACCCUGGCACCACCUACAUCUUUGGCAAAGGAGGAGGCCUGAUCACUUACACAUGGCCCAAUAACGAGAGGCCAAGCACACGGACGGACCGGCUGGCUGUGGGCUUUAGCACCACCAUAAAGGAUGCAAUCCUUGUUCGCAUUGACAGCGCCCCACGCCUGGGUGACUACAUCAUGCUCCACAUCGAGCAAGGCAAAAUCGGAGUGACGUUCAACAUUGGGACGGUGGACAUAAGCGUUAAGGAGCCAAACACAGAGGUAAACGAUGGCAAGUACCAUUUGGUCCGAUUCACAAGGAACGGGGGCAAUGCGACCUUGCAAGUGGACAACUGGCCGGUCAACGAGCACUUUCCCUCAGGCAACAGCGACAUUGAGCGCUAUCAAAUGGCAAAUAAGAAAAUCCCGUUCAAAUAUACCCGGCCAGUAGAGGAUUGGCUUCAGGAGAAAGGUCGCCAGCUCACGAUCUUCAACACGCAGGCCACUAUAUCUAUCGGGGGAAAUGACCGGAAGCGACCCUACCAAGGCCAGCUCUCAGGCCUCUAUUACAAUGGUCUCAAGGUUCUCAACAUGGCCGCCGAAGGCCACCCUAAUAUUAAAGUCAACGGCAGCGUGCGGCUUGUUGGAGACGUGCCCACCAGCCGUGGUGCGGCCCGCACCACCACUUCGAUGCCACCAGAGAUGUCCACCACCUUUAUUGAGACCACCACCACACUGUCCACCACAACCACCCGCAAACAGCGCUCGCCACCAUCUACUCAGACAACAGAUGACAUCGUUUCCUCAGCAGAAUGCUCAAGCGAUGAUGAGGACCUGGAGGAGUGCGACUCGGGACAUGCAGGAGGGGAGCUAGUCGUCCCCGUGCUAGUCGAGGACCCCAUAGACAUUCCUUCUGUAUCCACCCGUUCACCCUUCAUCCCCCUUCCCCCUACCCUCCGCCCCGUCCUCACCAUUAUCGACACCACCAAAGAGUCCUUGGCCAUGGCCACUGAGGCGGGGGUACCUUGCUUUUCGGAUCGAGGCAGCGAUGAUUGUGAUGGUGGUGAUGAUGAUGAUGAUGAUGGUGAUGAUGAUGGCAUGGUGAUUUCGGGGUUUGGCUCUGGCGAAGCUUUCGACUCUAGCCUGCCCCCGACUGACGAUGAAGAUUUUUACACCACCUUCUCCCUGGUAACAGAUAAGAUCUUGACCACAUCGGCUUAUGAAGGCGGCUACAAAGCUCUCGUGCCCAAGUGGGAACCCAAGGACUUGAGGCCUAGCAAAGCCUCAGAGGCAGGUAGGACUACACCAACAUUGCCUCUGCCUGACAAUCGGGGCACACCGCCGGCGGCGGUCCCCUCGGAUAUACCACCCAAGCUGCCGGCGGGGAAAAUGGACAACCGUGAGGUAAAACCUCCACAGCCAGACAUGCCUGUCCUGCUGCCCCUACCGACAUCCUUUGAUGUGGAUGGCACUAAGCCCAGGGGCCCUUUCAUUACGUCACCCAUGCUGCGCACAGUACCCGCCGCCUUGCCCACGGUGCCCGGCGUGGUGAGGCGUGUUCCACCCGGAGUGUCAGAAGUGAUCCGUGAGUCCAGCAGUACUACAGGCAUGGUGGUAGGCAUUGUCUCAGCAGCCGCCCUUUGCAUCCUCAUUCUCCUCUACGCUAUGUAUAAGUACAGAAACAGGGACGAGGGUUCCUACCAGGUGGACGAAACGCGCAACUACAUCAGCAACUCUGCGCAAACCAAUGGCGCUGUAGUGAAGGAUAAAAUACCCAGCGGCAGCGCCAAAGGCAGCGCCGGUAGCAAGAGACCGAAAGACAAGGAUAAGGAAUAUUAUGUAUAGAAAUCCAAUCAUUUCACAACACACGAAUAAACUGUUUGGAACAAAAGUAAAAAAAACAUUUUGACAGUACCAUAUUGGCAACUGUAAUUUAAAUAGAACGAAUUUUCUUGAGAACUCUAGACUCUCCGAGUCGCUUACAGAUGAACUUCAGCUCACGGAAGCACACUUACUAUUGUAAGCAUUAAAAAGAGACAAUGCAGUACAACUUCAUCGGGACAAUUUGAAAAGUCCUCGCUGGAGACUUUCGGCAGUGUGAAUUUUCACUCAGACACCCCACACCACCCCAAGUGACUGUGAAGAGGUGUGUAAUCCUUGGAGUUCUACUGAUCCUGUCCAUUGUAACGCUGUAAAAUACGAUCACUGUCAUUUUGGCCAUUCUGAGCAUGCAUGUGAGGUGUAUGUGAUGUGGUGCUGGCAUCUGUGUAAGUGAGAGACCUUAAGAAAUCAUGAUUGUUGGGGAAAGUUGGAAGUCAAAACACAAUUUUUUUUUUCCUUGCUAUUCAAACGGUUCUUUAAAUGUAGCCGUCAUGAAUGCGACAUGAGAUAAAGUACGCAUAUGUUUAAAAGCGUCUUUUUAUUUCUGGUUUGUUUGGUUUUCUUUCUCCCUUUAUUUAUUUAUUUAUUAAAAUGAAUAGUUUUCUGUUUGUUGUCAAAGAAUAUCAAGGCCUAUCGGGGGUUGAAAAGACAGUGUUCAGUUGCUGCAGCAGCAGAAUGAAGCUUCAUGUAUCUCUGUAUUUUUCGCUCCUUUUGCAUCCAAGUUCCAGAUCUUGUUCAAGCUUGUAAGCUUUCAGAAAAGUUCAUAGUUAUUUCUCUAAAUUGGAAUCUCUUAGUAAUAAAAUCUCUGAUGUGUUUUGUAGGAAUGGACCGAUAUGAAAUAUGGAUCGAUAUCCAAUUGUUUUACUGCUGUUCUGGCCAAUAUUUACAGAUAUCAAUAUUUUAUUCAAUUCUACUACUGACUACUACUACUACCCGCACCGCAUCACUACCACUGUAACAUGUCCCCAAAAAACAUAUCAUUGGUUUAAUAAUAUUGGCCCAGUUUCACUUGGGACUUUUAAAAACAAGCCGUUGUUGAUGCCCAUAUAUCACACAUUUUUAGUUUUCUUUAUUUGACGUUUCAACUGACAUGCUGUGUUCAGGUAAAUCAUGCUGUGUGUCUAAAAAUAGUGUAAUUGACACGUUUAAAGAAGAAAAAAAUGGUUCGGUGAAAACGUACAAUGUGACCAAGUUGGCUUCUUUCUUUUUUUCUUCAGUUCUCACUCAAAGCUGUGUCAAAACAAAAAUGUUUACAUAGUUUAUUACAGCUCACCAGUGUGCUUGGUGACCUACUGUACAGAAGAAAAAAAAUCUGGUUUCUGUGUUUUAUUUAUUUUUUUAUCUUUAAUUUUUUUAGAUCCUCAUCAUAUCCAGGCAGUUAUGCAUUGGAUUAGCUUUUACUUUUUUUCUGCUGUAGCAACAUGUUUGUCCGGGAGUGAAUAAUGGAUGUCCACAGCAACAAGUCCAGAGAGACCGGAGGUCCAGUCUCUCAGGAUGGCAUUUAUCUUCAGUCGCAUGAAACCAUCUGGCACUGUCUACACUUCCCUCAGAUAUUCUGUGAGGGUCUUUAUCUAAAAUUAUGUUUUCAUCAUGUUAUUUAUUUUUUUAUUGGAAAUCUUUAAAAAAAAAUCUAAAGGUAUAAGAUAAUAAAGACUGAUCAUGGUGGAUUUGGAGAUCUUUGCUGGCACCUUACUGAUUUACAGCUCCUGUUUCUUUGCUUUUAAUUUCGUUUUUACUGUGACGUUACUGUCUUGUCUGCUCAACAUGUCAAUUAGCCUCUUUUUUUUCAUAUGUAUUGUUAAUUUCACGUCUCAUUUAUAUGACAUUAUGUUCCGGGAAUUCAAUUGGUUUCUUUUCUUUUUUAUGUCCUUAUUUAUUGCAGAAAUUAGUUGUUUUCAUUCAUUUACAUGCAAAUCAGUCACUCAGUGUGUUUUUUUUUUUCCUUUUCUCAUCUUUUAGUUGUGUGUGUGUGUGUUGGUUCCUGGCUUUUUAAACCAGUUAAUUAUUGUCUUCUGCUCCCUUGACUUCAAACAAUUCCCAGAAAUAAAAAGAAAAUGUUCCCAAAUGUU